CGAGGAAAGCCUUAGCCGAGGGCUCCCUCCCUAACGAUGUAGCUGGUACUGAUUGUGGAAAUGUUAGGAAGAUCCUGACUAGCCAUUUCCUAUUUUUUUUGAAUUUACUACUGAAUGGAUCAAUGGAUUACACAGUUUACUCCGGCAAGGGACGAAAAAUGCCUGGGGGCGAAGUGCACAAGACAUUCAAGAUAUUUUGCGGUAAUCUCGCUGGAGCAGCAACGAAAGAUGACUUAUACUAUCUCUUCUCGCAAUAUGGACCAGUUAUUGAGGCCGUUGUCAUGGUUGGCAAGUUUUAUGGAUUUGUGCACAUGGCUUAUGAGGAGGACGGCUGGAAGGCAAUAUGCGAACUUCGGGGCUACAAUCUUCAUGGUAAAGCCAUGGCAGUGGAAGCUUCAAUCAAUUCUAAGAAAGCCGCACCUGUCUUCAAACAGAACAUAAUAGGGAAAGGCAUUAGUACAUUAGAUGACUUUAACGACUUUAGCGCAUCUAAAUCAAAAUCGUCUGAACCACGAGAACGACAUCAUCCGCCAGAACCUUUUCCUGCAUUCAAACAGCCCGAAACCUCAAUAGGCCUCCCUACUCCAAGUUUAUUUUCAUAUCCACCUCCCUUUACUACUUCAGUCAGCAGUAGCCAGCCGUCUCCAAUUGGUCAGACUCCACCGCCUCAAUCACGAGCUUCUCCAAUGCCCGAUUUCCAGUCCUUUAAAUCUUUUGAUGCCAUUAAGGAAAGGGCAUCUCCCAUGUCAAAAAUGCAAGCAGUUGAUGCUAAUUCUAACCCAAUACAAGAAUCCAAUCAUGUGAGACCAGAGAAGGAUCCCGCGUUGUGUAAUAUAUGUGGCGCUGCUUUCGAUGAGUGGCAGCACAAACCCAAGAUUCUCAGCUGUGGUCAUACAUUUUGCUGUGACUGUCUAAUCAGUUUAGCUCGCGAUACUGAGGUCAAGUGUCCCAUGGGUUGUACCUACACCACUUCGCUAACCGAGACUGGUAUAUCUGGUGAGUGGCACUCUGCGCUAACCGAGAUGGGUAUAUCUGGUGAGUGGCACUCUGCUUGCACCAUCCACUCUCCCUCUGCGCUAACCGAGAUGGGUAUAUCUGGUGAGUGGCACUCUGCUUGCACCAUACACACUCCCACUACAUUAAUCAAGACUGGUAUAUCUGGUUUAACAACCAAUUACACUGUGCCAAUUAAAAAGCUUGCCAGUAUAUCUUCGUCUCUGCCAAUCCUGCCUCCAAGCUUCAGUCAGCUUAACGGAGCACAAAGGCCUGGCAGUAGCCCUUCACCCAUGAUAUGUUGCACCUGUCUAAAAAUUGUGUCAAAUGACAUGUGUAGUAAUCAAGGCCACCAGCUAAUUCCCGAAGACCAGGCUAAGGACAUUCUCCGAGGCCAUCUACAAACAUCCCAAGAUUUGACUCUCAAGCAGCUGCGACAAACUAUGACAAUGAGAGCCACUAUGAAGGAACGGCUUGAACGCACUGUUCUUAGUGUGGAGAAAUUCCUUGAAGAGCUUCGUAGAAAGGUUGAAGGGGAGGAGCUAGAAGAGGCUGUGCUGCAGGAGCAUCUGGCUGACCUGAUGGCAGCUAGCGAGUCACUCACCGAUAGCACCUCAAUAUCACAGCUAAUUGAAUCCCUCCAGAAAGUUCAUUCUUACAGUUCAAUAAUCUCAACGCAAUUCAGUCAGUGUGCUGCAGUAACAGCCAUCAACAAUGCAACAGAAGCCAUUGUCAUAAAGUUGAAACAGUCUGCUUUGGAUGCAGUAUUGGCUUCCAUAGGAUUUAGGAAUGACGAAGCUUUUGCCAUGGCCUCGUCUUUAGAGGAGCAUGCCUUGUAUGGGAAUAAUGCAAAUGUCCUCCUCCUCUACAUGCUGUCAGACCUACUGUCUACCAGAAUGAUGCAGUUAAGUGUUAGUCCAAUUAGUCCACUUAGUCCUAGCCAGCAACCUCCGAUGUCUGCUUCCAGCCCCAUGCAACCUAACAUGGCUCCCUCUGUAGCGUCCAAUAGUGUUCUUGAAGAUAGCCUUGGCCACAGCCUCGGCCUCAGUCCUGGUAAAUUAAACGAACUGAAGAGCUAUGAAAUAAGUAAAUUAAAUGAGCUGAAAAGCCACGAAAUGAGUAAUGUAAAUGUAGAGCACAUUUUACAGAUGACUGAGGCAAUAGAAGCUGGGUCAUUGUUAGGUUCUAAUGAUGGCAUGUCUGUUAUGUCUGCAGGAGCCACAGCUAUAGGAUCAAGUCAUAUGGGAUCCGCCCUAUCUUUAGGGUUGACGAAUCUUUCCUUACUGGCCUCUGAAACUUCAGAAAAUGGGAAAGAUGAACUUGAGUCAUUAACGGAUAAGAAAGAACCAAUACCAGUUUCAUAUGUCGAUGCAGCAAAAAAGCCAGCUAAGCCCACGCCGCCACCUGAAACCCCACCAAAAAUGCCAAUGCUGAAGCCACUAUCACCAGUAGGUAGACCCGGAAAAUUUCCUCACUGCUGGAUGAUUUUAUCCAUUAAUGGAAUUUUAGCAGGUCGCAUUAUAUUUGAACUUCGCCCUGAUAAAGCACCAAGAAUGUGUGAUAAUUUUGUUGCACUUUGCACUAAUAGAAGUGGGUAUGGAUAUAAAGGUACUCAUUUUUUCAAGAGUGGAGAAGGCUUCCUUGCUGGGGGGGACGUGGAGAACGAUGAUGGGACCGGUGGAUACUCUGCCUUUGAAAAGAGCACAUUUGAGGCUGAUCUCUGUCCAUUAAAGGAUGAGGUUGGCAUGGUGAGAUUCAAGGGCAUUGGCACUAGUGAUAAUGGUCGAGGUAUGAUUGGCUCACAGUUCAUGAUAUGGUGUGGGGAUAGGGAAUUUAAGAAGUUCUCCUAUAGCCUUGUGUUUGGCAAAGUAGUGGAUGGACUAGACGUUGCCAAGAAGGCUGCAGCAAUUAAUGUCCAUCGAGUGUCUGUUAAAGUUGAAGAUUGUGGUGCAAUCUAACUACAGUCUCGUUUAUAAUAUAUUUGUAUAAUCAGUAUGUCCGAGCUUUUGUAUUCACGGUUUAAUUAUCAAUAUUAAAGAUAAGAACAGUAUAAGGAUUGCAGUUCAAGCAUUUAAUUUUUCUAGAAGUGCCUUACCGUGUGCCUUUUAUGUGGCAUCACAUGUUUCCAGUUUUCCUUUUUUUAAUAAUCUUAAAAAAUCUCUCUGAAUUAAUGUGAAGAAACAUGUUCACUUGUUAAAGAUCCUAAAAGUGCUGUCAAGAAAUGUAUUUAGAUGUUAUUGCAGCACCUGAGUGAAGAGACAGUUUGACAUUUCUUGUACAGUAUAUCCAAUGGGAGAGCUACGUUUAAUUAAAUGUAUAAAUAAUUUGUGUAUGGAUGCUUUAAGAAUAGUUGUCACUAAGACAAAACUAUACUCCUGAAAAAACUGCGUCCAUUAAGGAUUAAGAUUUUUCCCCCCUUUUUUUUAAUGCGUGGAUAACAAUAAUAAUUAACCGUUGUCAAUAUAAAAAUAAUUGCGAAUACAUUUAAGGAAACUGUGUACCUAAGUUAAUUGCUGUCCACCAUUCACUUAAUUAUCUUUCGUGUAAUUGACCCAUCUCGGUAUAGAGCUCAACGCAUGGUAAGACAACAGUCCCAGAGUUCAAAUGGACUACACUAAUAUAAACCUAUCACUCGGUAGUACAUGUUGGAUCUAGCAGUGCACACAGCACGACACAAGAGUUGAAACUGUUGAUUGUACAUGUAUCUUGUAUAAUGAAGCUGUCAAGGUUUGGUUUCACCAGGUUUUAUAUAGAAAAUAGUUUGCAAAGUUAUUAAGUUUGAAGGAAGUUAUUCCAUGCUUGUUAAAUUGUGGGUGUACCACUUGCAGCCUAGUGUGGAUACCUCCUGCUACGUUGAUUCAGAAUGUUGGUCCCUCGGUGAAUGUAAAUCUUAUUGAAGUGUCUGUGUUGCUGCCUUUAGCACCAUUGCACACUUUCUCUUGAUUCUUUUUGUGGAACUGCAAUAAUUUGCUCAAUAUUUUGUAUCUCAUGUAGGCACACUUAAACGACACUUAUGACCUUUAUCUUAAUUGUACAAUCACCAAAGCAUUAUCUUCAAAUUCAGUUGAGCAAUAAGGGGCCAAGCUGUGGGAUAAACAUUGUCAUGCUAUCUAUAUCUCCCCUAAACCUGGUGUUCAACUUUAGGAAUAAGGGGCCAAAUCCUAAUAUAAUUUUUGUUCUAUGGUACUUACAUAUCUUCUCGACUUUUAAUCUUACAAUAUCUACAGCUAUCGAAUGUUGUCAGAUUAUGGAUAGGUGUUGUGUUUGGCUAUAUAAAAAUCCACAUAAUUUGUCCAGGUGUGUAAUUAUAAUUCUGAAUUCCUUUAUAGCUGUAUUGAAUGCACUUUUAAUAUCAUUGGUUUCUUUUUCUUUUUUCUCAAUUUUUCCAUACAAAUUUGAUAGCGAAGGGUUAUGUGUAAACUUCAUCGUUCCGAAAUAUUGUAAUCAAUCGAUUUUUUUUUACAAGUAAAUAAAUACGAUGCAUGCAUCUUAA